CGUAGCCUAUCACCCUUCAAAAAAAGAUAACACUUCAAGUCGUGAUAAACGUCGUAUAAAGUACUUCUUCAUCCAGACAAUCAUUCAUCUAUGUCUGAGACAGCUUCAGCAACCAAUGGAACCCAUAAUAUUCCCAAUGGUAACAGCGCAGUUGCUGAAGCAAAGGGCUCUCCCGCAACUUACAGUGCACCCUCCCGCGUCACUCUUCAUCUCGGUCAUCUGCCAAGCAAGAAAGAUAUCAAGGCCCCGUGGCCGCGCACGCCCUCACGGGUUGACCCUAACAACCCGCCGUGGCCGGCCUAUCGUGGUUAUCACGAGUACUCCUUCGCACACGCAACAAUGGGCGUUCGUUUACCCACCAUCCUUGGCAAAGCUAUAGAUGAUGCGUCCAGAACUCUUAACGAGCAGUAUGCCGAAGAUAAGAUUGUUGACCUUGUAGAAUCUUUGGAGAGAAUGGACGCCCUCAUGGCCGACCUCAGUGGAAAUGCAAAGUUAAGACCAAUCGUUGACGAUGGUGAAGGUGAUGUCGCCCUAUGGAAUAAGGAAAUCGCAAAGUAUUUCCAGGGCAAGGAUUUCAUGAAUGCACCUUGGUUAUUCGCCGAGGCCUAUAAGUACCGUCGUCUGCAUGAGUGCUUCAGUGUGAGCAAGUACUGGAAAGACUAUGAUGUCUUCUACCGUCAAAAGUGUGACACUUUUUCAAGAUCGACAGAUGCUGUCUUUGAGUUGUCUAUGCGCUUUGCUGAGCCUUUCAAGCAGUCAGAGAACAUGUCAGUCAAAGAGAAAGCAGAAAGCGAGAGACUCAUGUUUCUAGAGUUGACUCAAGUGUGUUUGUGGGGAAACUCGACCGACCUUUCACUCUUGAUCAACAUGACGGAAGAACAGAUUAAAUCUCUCCAGUCAACAGGAGGCGAUCACCUCGCUGCCACUGAGAAGAAUAUUCUUGGCAACCAUCUAAACCAGCUUUGGGAAGCUGUCAAGGUCCUCCGCGAAAAGACUGGUGGACGAAUUGACUUCGUGUUGGAUAACGCCGGCUUUGAAUUGUAUUGCGAUUUCGUAUACGCUGAUUUUCUCAUCCAGACUGGUCUGGCUAAACAGAUUCGAUUCCAUGGCAAGCGGUAUCCAUGGUUCGUGUCUGAUGUGACCCGGAAAGAUUGGGACUGGUUGCUGAAUACCAUGGUGUACGGGCACUUGUUCCCGAAAGCCUCGGAGGUUGAGCGAGAGUCGCUACGGAGACUCGGGGCCCGAUGGAAGCAAUACGAGAAAGAUGGUAGAUGGCAGUACGAGCAACAUCCUUUCUGGUGCACUGGAUAUACGUUCUGGGACCUUCACAGCGAGGCGCCGGAUCUCUUCCUACACCUAUCUCGCGCAGAUCUCGUCUAUUUCAAAGGUGAUCUGAACCAUAGGAAGUUGACGUAUGAUUGUGCUGCACCAGCCAGCAUUCCAUUCGACAUUGCAAUUGGACCGAUGGCCAGUGCCGCUGGAGCUCCAAAGAUUUGCAGUCUACGGACAAUCAAAAGCGACGUCGUGGUUGGACUAGGAGACGACGGGGACGCCAUAGCAGAGAGGUUGGACAAGGAAGAGCCAGGCUGGAAGAUCAGCGGGAAAUAUGCUGUUGUGCUCCUGUCAGAAGGUCGACCCGGGGAGAAAGUGCGGUUUGCUUGAGUGAAGUGAAUUUCACGAAUAGCUGCACCAUCCGGGUGCCUGUCUCUCCUGUGUGCCGGGACUUCGUUGUUGAUUAUCCUAUCAAUUGGACUCGAGAGCACUGUCGGUAGAAUUUGGGUAGAAUGCUGCCAUAUCUCCGUCCUUUGCACAUUGCACAAGUAUGCCAUUCCCACUAUCAAUUGCUAUUUUUGUCACUGUAUUCAUUUAUGAGAUACUUAUAUGCUGUCAAUUUCACCGCUUUGAGAUGUAGGACA